AUGAAGUUAAUUUAUCUUUUUUUGGUUGUGUUGGUAUCGAUUGCCUUUGUCAGAGCCGACGAUAUUCACGAUAUCAGUCCAGAGGAGAAAGAUUUUGCUCUAAAAUUAUUAACAUGUAAAAGAGCAUUGGAGAGUAUUAAAAUUGAUCCUUCAGAAAACAAUGUUAGAGAUCAAAUUUCUAAAAUUCAACAAUAUUAUCCAGGUUUCACAUCUUAUGGAGGUGGUGGCUUGUUAGGUGGAGGUGGUUUAUUGGGCGGUUUAUUCGGAAAUGGAGGUUUAUUAGGUGGUCUUUUGGGUGGUCUUUUCAGUGGUGGAGGUAAUGAUUUCCCAUAUCAAUACCCUGUUACUAUAGGAAAUCCAAACUGGGGGUGGCCAUCUUCUAUUCCAACCUCAUUCCCAACAACAUAUAAUCAAUAUCCAGGAUAUAUUGCUGGUGCUUAUUGGCCUGUAAAGAAUGUACAACAAAAUCAACAACCACAAAUUAUUGAUCAACAACCAGUGCAAAAUGUUGAGCAACAACCAGUGCAAAAAGUUGAGCAAUCUCCUGCUGUACAACCAACAAACUAA